AGUGUCCUUAUAUUAUUAUGUCGUAUAUAUUAGUAUUUCAAAAAAAUUUUGGUCAAAAAUUUUUCGAUAUAAUUGACAUAUGCCGUUCUUUUUUAAAUAAAAAGUCUCCUUUAGGCCUUGAUAAUGCCCACCGAUACUGGCGAGCAGGAUAAGGACUUCCUUCCUAUUAUCGGGGAGUUUGGAGCCUACCAGAAGCUACUUACUUUAUGCAUGUUGCCCGCAGCCUUCCUUUUCGCCUUCUCCUACAUGGGUCAAUUAUUCAUGAUCCUCCUGCCUCGCAAGUAUUGGUGUCGCAUACGGGAACUGGAGAAUCGCAGCAAAGAGGAACAACUGGCUUUGGCGAUUCCCAAGCUCAAAAACGGGGAAAUCGACAAAUGUAACAUGUACAAGGUAGAAACUAACUGGUCUGACAUAAACGUCACAGAGGCGGAUGACUCCUGGCCGAAGAUUCCAUGCGAUGAUGGCUGGAUCUAUGAUAAUAAAAGGCUCACUUAUCCAACCAUAUCCACCGAGAACAACUGGGUGUGUUCUCGCGAUACUUUUCCCACCAUCACGUUUGUAGUUUUCUUUAUGGGUUCCAUCAUAGGAUCUCUUGUUUGCGGCUAUAUAACUGAUCAUUGGGGGCGUGUUAAAUCCUUCUUCCUGGCAAAUUUGUGUGUUUUGGUAGGAGGCUGCUGGACUUCCAUGUGUGACGGUUUUUACUGCUUCAAUUGGGCCAGAUUUGUGGUCGGAUUCGGUAUGAACGACGGAUUUAUGACUAUCUAUAUACUAACUCUGGAGAAUGUUGGUGCCAAGUAUCGCACUUUGGUGGGAAACUUGGCCAUAGCUGUUGCAUUUACUUCGGGUGGAGCUCUUCUUCCUUGGAUUGCGUUGUGGUGCGGGGAUUGGAAAUUCUUUAACAAUGUUAUCACGCUGCCCUUUUCAAUUCUAUUAUUAUUCAGCGUGUUCAUUCCCGAGUCUCCCACAUGGCUUCUUUCGAUGGGAAAGAUUGAUAAAGGCAUGGAAGUCCUUAAACAAGCGGCGAGAAUGAAUAAGAAAACCAUUUCCGACGAAGUCUGGUCUAAUAUCAGCCAACAUUAUACAUCUAUUUAUGAUGACCAGAAAUCUCAGAAAACAUAUAGCUGGCUAGAUCUGUUCAAGAAAAAACGCCGGACUGGAGUCAUUCUGAUUAUCAUGGUAUUUUGGUUUAUUGCUUCUGUCACCUACGAAGUUCAUAUUCGAGCGAUUUUUCACUUAAAGGCUGAUCCGUUCCUGGUUUUUUCGCUUUCUACGCUGACAGAGUUGCCGGCUGGAAUAGUUCCUCUUGUCCUGCUGGAUCGAAUUGGUCGAAAGCCUGUGACGAUUUCCGUAAUGAUUCUUUGUGCAGUAUGCAGUUUACUAGCCGUUUUCGCGCCAACAGCAUAUUACGAAGCUAUUGCUGGCAUUUGCGGAAGGUUCUUCAUAGCUAUUUCCACUAAUGUGAGGGAACAAUGGGCCGCGGAAAUCAUACCCACGGUAGUUCGCGGCCAGGGAAUGUCAAUCGUUCAUGUGAUGGGAUGUGUUGGUUGUUUGGUGUCUCCACUUCUGAUAUACACCGAAAGCUUGUACAAUAGUCUACCCAUGAUGAUAGUCACGUUAAUAUCCGCAAUCGGAGGGUGUAUUGUUAUUUUCCUACCUGAAACUAUGAACGCAACUAUGCCUAGCACGCUAGAGGAGGCAGAUCAACGCUGGACCCUUUCGGUUUCGUCGUCGUCGAAGAGGGCAAGAAAAGAGAAAUAAUAUUCAAUGUAUAAUUUAAAAUUGAAAACUGACCCAAAUUUAAAGUGCGCGCUUUGUUUUUGCAGUAUUUUUGGUAUAUUUUUUGAUAAAACUAUCUGGCAACACUGACAAGAAAAUUCAGUUAAUUCCUAAAAAUUCAAAAUGGAUUUUAGUGAAAGCGUCCCUUUAAUAUAAAAUACCCCUGGAAGAAUAUAAAAAUAAUCUAGAAAUUCCAUAACGUC